GACCUAUACCCAUGUGAGGCACCAACAACACAUGCUGGGCUUCUCAUCUGGGGUCUGCUGUCCCCUUUCCCUACUCUGCCCCUGGUUUGGCGCUCUUCCCCCCCUUUAAGCUGUCUUUCCCAGACCCCCCUCUGCAAUGCUGUGACACCGACAGCUCUGCAACUGUAAACCUUUUUAAACUUUUCCUUUUUCUCCAGAAGAUUUCAGCCUUUGGAUUACGUGUAGAGAGUCUGAAAACCAAGGAGUUCACUGGGUUAACUGAGCUGGAACUUUAAUGAAUGGAAUUUUGUUUUUCUUUUUAGAUUUGGUUGGAAUCUAAGUAACUGUUUGGAUUUCAAAGACUCUGCUUAGUUCCUACGUAGAAGCUUUGCUUCUCCGCUGAGGGUUUGUGCCUGAUUUUAAGUCUUCAUAAUCAUCAUGGCGGCAGCUGCUCCUCAAGCCGACGGGCACACCAGAGAAACGGGGCAUAUGUCGUCUCCUCCGAAGGCCCCGGGCUUCUGGCUGUUGCGGACGCUGAGCUUCUCUGUGGAGUUGCUGGUGGCCCUGGCUUUCCUCCUCUGCUGGAUCGGGGCAGGCGUCAUGAUGUUCGAGAUUGUGGAAUACAAAGGGGUUACUGAUAUUCAAGAAAUUGUCAUGGAUCCCAUGAAAGCUAUAAAUGAGGCUGUAGAUGACAUAUCCAACUUGUUCAAUGGAGCGCAAGAGCUUGUUCCUGAACUGGACCCCAUGACUGCCAUUAACUUUGCAACUGAGGAAAUAACAGAUGCGAAAGAAGAAUUUGUGAGCUACCUUUCUGAUGAAGAAGGAAACUUUUAUUUAAGCUACAUUGACCCAGUGAUCAUAGGCAGAGGUGCCUUCGAGGCUACCAAUGAUCUCAUGUGUGAAGCUGGGAGUGCCAUACAAGACACGCUUUGUUCUGUAUUUGAUACUAUCCUGGAUCUUCUCAAAGGAAAAUACGACUUGAGCUACAUUGACCCUGUAGUCAUAGGCCGAGGUGUCUUUGAGGUUAUCAAUGGCUUCAUGUGUAAAGUGGCGGACACCAUACAAGACAUUCUUUGUAGUGUUUUGGACACUUUUUUGGAUACUGUGAAAGCUGCUCUUCAAUGGGUGGGCUUUAACCCCAUGAUAAUCGUGGAGACUGUCUCUGAAUGGAUGAGCCCACUUUGGGCAUACUUAUGGAACCUACUGCAAGGCAUCCUAGAUGUGAAGUUCAGUCCCAUGACGGUUCUCACUAGAACAGUGGACAUAAUCAUUGAGCAGAAGAACAUUCUUGUGGACUACCUCUCCCACUUGCUAAUGGGAGACCAAGGGGUCAUUCCAGACAUAUCCUUUGACCCGAUGCAAGUGGUCACAGAUGCCAUGGUGGAGAUCACAGACAAGAGGAACACAUUUCUGGCUUAUCUGUCAAACAUGAUCAUGGAUGACAAAGGUGAAUCUACACCAUCUGAGAUACAUCUUAUUAGGAGGAAAGGAGAGUUUCUACCACCUUUGGAAAAAGUUCUCAGGGAAUCAACAGAAAGACGAGCAAAACAAGAGGUAGAGGAGGUUCUUAAAGAUCUCAGGGCUGCACAGGUCAGAAAAUUGGAGAGAGUGCAAAGGAGGAAAGAGAAUGAAGAGAAAAAAGAGAAACCUGUGAAACUCGAGAGAAAGUCUGAGAAAGAGAAGGAGGAAGAGCUUUCUGAGGACAAGAUUGAAGAGGCUAAGACCAGUGUGAAAAAGGCAGAAAAGCUACAGCCUAAAGAUGAACUUCUGAAGAAGUCUGCCAAAGAAAUAAAAGCAGUGAACGAGACUGGGCCUCUGAGGAGGAGAUUUGCUCACCAGACUAAAAUUACAGCCACUGAACCCAAGAUGACAGUCAAGGAGUUGAAGGAUGUGAAGGCCUACAAAACAGAGUCUGACAAGAAAGAGGUGAAGUCCGAGAUGGAAGCCAUCAAGACUGAUGAGGAGGUGAAGCCAGAGAAAAAAGUGUUUGACAAAAAAGUGGUAAAGGCCAAAAAGGAGGUUGAGGCCAAGGUGACAUCAGAGAAAAUAGAGGCUCACAAAAAAGAGACCAAGGCUGACAAGAAAGAGGUGAAGCCCGAGAAGGAAGCCAUCAAGACUGAUAAGGAGGUGAAGGCAGAGAAAAAAGUGGUUGACAAAAAAGAGGUAAAGGCCGAAAAGGAGGUUGAGGCCAAGGUGACAUCAGAGAAAAUAGAGGCUCACAAAAAAGAGACCAAGGCUGAAAAGAAAGAUGUGAAGUCCGAGACGGAAGCCAUCAAGACUGAUAAGGAGGUGACAUCAGAGAAAAAAGAGGCUCACAAAAAAGAGAUUGAGGCUGACAAGAAAGAAAUGAAGCCUGAGAAGGAAGCCAUCAAGAUUGAGGAGGAGGUGAAGCCAGAGAAAAAAGUGGUUGACAAAAAAGAGGUAAAGGCCGAAAAGGAGGUUGAGGCCAAGGUGACAUCAGAGAAAAUAGAGGCUCACAAAAAAGAGACCAAGGCUGACAAGAAAGAGGUGAAGCCCGAGAAGGAAGCCAUCAAGACAGAUGAGGAGGUGAAGCCAGAGAAAAAGGUGUUUGGCAAAAAAGUGGUAAAGGCCGAAAAGGAGGUUGAGGCCAAGGUGACAUCAGAGAAAAUAGAGGCUGACAAAAAAGAGACCAAGGCUGACAAGAAAGAGGUGAAGCCCGAGAAGGAAGCCAUCAAGACUGAUGAGGAGGUGAAGCCAGAGAAAAAGGUGUUUGGCAAAAAAGUGGUAAAGGCCGAAAAGGAGGUUGAGGCCAAGGUGACAUCAGAGAAAAUAGAGGCUCACAAAAAAGAGACCAAGGCUGAAAAGAAAGAGGUGAAGUCCGAGACGGAAGCCAUCAAGACUGAUAAGGAGGUGAAGGCAGAGAAAAAAGUGUUUGGCAAAAAAGUGGUAAAGGCCGAAAAGGAGGUUGAGGCCAAGGUGACAUCAGAGAAAAAAGAGGCUCACAAAAAAGAGAUUGAGGCUGACAAGAAAGAAAUGAAACCUGAGAAGGAAGCCAUCAAGACUGAGGAGGAGGUGAAGCCAGAGAAAAAAGUGGUUGACAAAAAAGAGGUAAAGGCCGAAAAGGAGGUUGAGGCCAAGGUGACAUCAGAGAAAAAAGAGGCUCACAAAAAAGAGACCAAGGCUGACAAGAAAGAGGUGAAGCCCGAGAAGGAAGCCAUCAGGACUGAUAAGGAGGUGAAGGCAGAGAAAAAAGUGGUUGACAAAAAAGAGGUAAAGGCCGAAAAGAAGGUUGAGGCCAAGGUGACAUCAGAGAAAAUAGAGGCUCACAAAAAAGAGACCAAGGCUGACAAGAAAGAGGUGAAGCCCGAGAAGGAAGCCAUCAAGACUGAUAAGGAGGUGAAGGCAGAGAAAAAAGUGGUUGACAAAAAAGUGGUAAAGGCCGAAAAGGAGGUUGAGGCCAAGGUGACAUCAGAGAAAAUAGAGGCUCACAAAAAAGAGACCAUGGCUGACAAGAAAGAGGUGAAACCCGAGAAGGAAGCCAUCAAGACUGAUGAGGAGGUGAAUCCAGAGAAAAAGGUUUUUGGCAAAAAAGUGGUAAAGGCCGAAAAGGAGGUUGAGGCCAAGGUUACAUCAGAGAAAAUAGAGGCUCACAAAAAAGAGACCAAGGCUGACAAGAAAGAAGUGAAGCCCGAGAAGGAAGCCAUCAAGACUGAUAAGGAGGUGAAGGCAGAGAAAAAAGUGGUUGACAAAAAAGAGGUAAAAGCCGAAAAGGAGGUUGAGGCCAAGGUGACAUCAGAGAAAAUAGAGGCUCACAAAAAAGAGACCAAGGUUGAUAAGAAAGAAAUGAAGCCUGAGAAGGAAGCCAUCAAGACUGAUAAGGAGGUGAAGCCAGAGAAAAAGGUGUUUGGCAAAAAAGUGGUAAAGGCCGAAAAGGAGGUUGAGGCCAAGGUGACAUCAGAGAAAAUAGAGGCUGACAAAAAAGAGACCAAGGCUGACAAGAAAGAGGUGAAGCCCGAGAAGGAAGCCAUCAAGACUGAUAAGGAGGUGAAGGCAGAGAAAAAAGUGGUUGACAAAAAAGUGGUAAAGGCCGAAAAGGAGGUUGAGGCCAAGGUGACAUCAGAGAAAAUAGAGGCUCACAAAAAAGAGACCAUGGCUGACAAGAAAGAGGUGAAGCCCGAGAAGGAAGCCAUCAAGACUGAUGAGGAGGUGAAGCCAGAGAAAAAGGUGUUUGGCAAAAAAGUGGUAAAGGCCGAAAAGGAGGUUGAGGCCAAGGUGACAUCAGAGAAAAUAGAGGCUCACAAAAAAGAGACCAAGGUUGAUAAGAAAGAAAUGAAGCCUGAGAAGGAAGCCAUCAAGACUGAUAAGGAGGUGAAGGCAGAGAAAAAAGUGGUUGACAAAAAAGUGGUAAAAGCCGAAAAGGAGGUUGAGGCCAUCAAGGAGUCAAAAUCCAUAAAGGCAGUUAAGCCCAAAGUGACAGCAGAGAAAAUUGCGCUGCAGCCAGAGAAAAAAGAGGGUGACAAAAGAGAGGUGAAGGCCGACAAGAAGCCGGUGAAGGCUGAAAAGGAGGUGAUGCCCAAGAAAAAACAAGCUGACCAAAAAGAGGUGAAGGUUGAGAUGAAGGAGGUGAGGGCCGAGAAGGAGGGGAAAGUCCCAAAAGAGUCGAAGGCCGACAUAAAGCCUACUUUGAAAAAGGCCGAUCUUGAUGUCAAAGAAACAGAAGCAGAAAUCGUUAAAGAAAGGACCAAAGCUUCUCUUAUAAUAGAAGUUGAAGUUGACAAAAAGGCCAAACCUUCUCUAGCUAAGAAAGAUACGGAACCUGCAGAACCAACUAAAGUUCCCAAACCAACUCCUCCAAAGAAGGAAGCAGAACCUCCAAAAGAGAAGGCCAAGAAGGCAGGUCCUUCUAUAAAAGAGACUGCUGCUUCUAAAGAGAAGACCAAGACAGUUGUUGAAAAGAAAGAGCAAGAGGGCACCCACAAGAAUGCUUCUCUUACCAAGGAGAGGGUGAAAGUAGUGCCAAUGAAGAAAGAUCUUGAAGUUACUAAAGAGAGGCCAAAACCAACUACAAUGAAGACAGAAGCUGUCACAUCAAAGGAAAAAUUAAGAUCGGCCGCAUCAAUCAAAGAGGCUGGAGUUUCCCACCGAAAUGUGUCCCUUACAAAGGAGAGGGUGAAGGUUGUGCCCCGAGAAGAAGCUCCUAAACAGAAGACCAAGCCUGCAGCUCCUGAGAAAGAAACUCUUCUGAAAGAAAAGACAAGGACAUCCUCUUCAAAGAAAGAAGCAGACACUCCUAAAAAGAAAACCAAGCCAGUGAUCCCAACUAAAGAGCCUGUGGUAUCUACAAAGAAUGUUAAACCAGUGCUGUCAAAAAAAUUGCUAGAGGUUCCCAAGGAGAAGGUCAAAACAGCACCUGUUAAGAAAGAACCUGAGGUCUUGAAAGAAAAGGCUGUGAAGGAAGAGCAAGAUGUUGCAAAAGAAAAGGCAAAACCAGCUCCUGCAAAGAAAGAGCCUGAUGCACCAAAGGCCAAGACCAAGCAAGAAUCAGUGAAAAAAGAGUCUGAAACUCUAAGAAGAGAAGAUAAAGCCAAGCCAGCUAUUAAGAAAGAUACAGCUAAAACAAAGACCAGAUCAAAGACCAGAGUUCCUAUGAAGAAAGAGGCUGAAUUUUCUCACAGAAAUAUCUCGCUUACCAAGGAGAGGGUCAAGGUUGUGGCUUUGAAAAAAGAACAAGAGACUCCUAAGGAGAAAGUCACAUCAGCAACUGCAAAGAAAGUUGUUUUAGAGCCGGAGGCUACUAAAGACAAAGCUAAACCGACUGCUCUGAAGAAAGAGCCCACCGCUAAAAAAGAAAAGGCAAAAUCUGUGUCUGUGAAGAAAGAUCCUGAGGCUACAAAAGUGGUCAAGUCAGCACCUGCAGAGAAAGUCUUAGAACCAGAGGCUCAGAAAGAGAAGUCCAAAUCAACUGCAACCAAGAAAGAACCUGUGACAAUGAAAGAACUCAAAGCAGCAAACAUUAAGAAAGGGGACACAAAAGAGAAUGUCAAACCAACAUCUACUGUGAAAGAAUGUGAUGUUCCGGAGAAGGCCAAAACAAACACAGUGAAGAAAGUUACAGAAGAUAGAGUUCUGAAAGAGAAACAGCGUUUGGAGCCUGCAAAGAAAGGUAUCUCACACAUAGCUGAUCCUGUAGAAUCAGACAACUUAUCAACAGAAGAUGAGAUGCCUUACUUCCAGUGCUUCUUUGUGGAUGAGGACGACGUGCAGUAUCCCUUCUACCCCUUCUCACCGCUCCAGAUGUGAGGCUCCUGCCCACUGCGGAGCACCGAGUCUGAACAAACCAAUGGACGUGUUGGGGGAACCACCUUUAGUGUUGAGUCAAUUUACCAAAGAGAACUACGACAAAGAUUACGACCUCCGCUGAUGCAACGCAGCCUGGUGUCCGAUGCUGGUCCACGGCCUCAGACGAUGGAGGAGAAUGGAGGAUGCAGGAUGACGGACAGUUCUUACAUUUCCUGGAUUGGUUGAGCUCCAAUAGCGAGACCAGGCAGCCAGUGUCAUUCCUUUCCAAUAUAUUUGGUUUUUUUGAAGGGUUCUUUUUUUUCUGAGGAUAUUACAUGAAUUUCAUGAUUUGUUACGAAACAGUACACUUUUGAUGUUUUUACAGAUUUAUCAGUUGUUUCAUUUUUCGACAAAUAUUCUUAGUUUUUGGAUUAAAUAUUUGAGCUAAAUGUAGGAUUUACCAUUUAAAUAUACCUGAUGAGUGGGCAUAUAUCUACACUUGAAGUUUUUCUUGCCACACCAAGGAUUGUCCUACAACAUACAAUCAAUGCCUUUCAACCACCAAACCAUCCAUAAACCAGGAACCAAAAACUGAUUGAGAAAGGUUUUACAACAUUACUACUACCUUUGAUUAUUAAAGCUGACACAUCAGUGUCUGCUUACAUUACUCUUUCACUCUCUUUCACGUGCUGCUUUUUUAUGGCCGGAAGAUUCCUAUAUAGCUGAGUAUGCUAUUUCUGAGAUUUUCUGACAACUUUGUCUGACUUGUUUUUUUGUCUAUUCAGCUCACUUACUUUUUUGUGAUGUCUGACAAGUAGAAAAUGAGCACUCAUUCAAGUCUACAGGGAACUCUUCUUAUUUUCAGUCAAAAUGUAGUUUCUCCUUACAGUACAUGUCAGUAAUGUAAUUUAUUUGUAUUUUGAAGAACUCUGGAAAGGAAUGACCAAGCACUGCCUGUCUCGGAGCUCCCCCAGAGACAGACCAACGUCAAAGUCAAGACCAGUGAGGUGUGACGUGAACGCCCCCUGCCUGCCACUUCUCAGAAGGUUGAGAGUGGUGAGUCAGGUGUGGUCACAUGAUGAAGUCUUACCCAUAUGAACCAUCUUUACAUCUAUGAUGGUGCAACACAUGAUCGUGCUCCUUCCUUUCAGGGUGCUUAUUCUAAGCAUUCCAUUGUCUGAUCUCUCAGAAGGAGGUUAGGGAGGAAGCUUUACAUUUAGAAUGGGUAUUGUUCAGCAUCAGAUGACUAUGGAAUAGUCUAAAUGCUGGUGUGGCAAAAAAGGUUCUGGAAGGUUCCAUUUUGUUUGGUACUGAAGACAUCAGUACUCUCGUUACCCAUUUUGUGUCUUUGUGACUAAAAUCACUUUUUUUAUUGCACAGGGUUAAUGUAUUAUAAUCCGUGACAUGAAACUAACUGGAACAUUAGCGGGACGGUGUGGAAAUGAUUGAAAGGGCACAUAAUAUCGCAUAGCACUCUUGCUUGUCAAAGCCCACAUCUAUUAUUUGAUAGACCAAAAUAGCCUGUUACAAAUCUAGCUGACUUGCUAACUACAGCAUGUGUGUUGAUUCUCAAUAUUUUAGAUCAAACCCUGGUAUCCCAGAGUUAUGUUAUUUAAGUUUGUCAUAUAUUGAUAUAUAAAUGCACAGUACAGAACAUAUCGCUAGUGAUAAUGAUAUAAUAAAUAUAUGGUCAUAAUGACAAAAAGAUGAUAAUAAAUAUAACUGUCACUGUCAAGUUUCUAACAUAAAAUAGUAAUAUUGCACGAGGAUAUUUGUAUUUAUUAAGAGUGAUUGUAAAUACUGCAUUCGUUAUGUGAUUGUGUCAUGAAUCUAUGGACUCUUGCUCUGUAGUUCUUCAACAUCCAUGAAAAGUAAUGGGUGGUAAGUUUUCAUGUAUGAGCGUACCUGGUUUACUCACAGUUCUCCACUGCCUUAUUUAUUUUAACUUGAUAAUUGGAAUUUUACUGAAGUUAAAUGUCUAAUGUUGAAAAAGCAUUUCAAGGCUUAACAGCUGUAUACACCACAAUUGUUGAAACCUUGUGUGGAUGUGUGCUCAUGUCUCACUUUGCCUGCACCAAAAGUUGUUUACAUAUGGCUCUUUACAUAGUGCUGAACAUGCUAUUUAGUGGAGGCAUAUCACAGGUUGUGGUAUUGUCUUUUAUGCUGUGUUCACUAAUUAAAUAAAUCCACCAAUCUUUGUUUUAAAUGGUUUGACUGAACUUAGGAAAGGGAACUUACCCCUUUAUUCCUCAAAGUAUUACAAACUGAGUGGUUUCCUAUAUUACAUUUUUAUUUUUCAUCCAAGUGUUUUUCUUCAAAUUGUUUGUUUUGAAUUAUUUAUGAAAUUGAUGACUGUAUAUUCUACCCAUCAACAUUGUAUCUAUGUGCAGUAUUGAAUUGAGACAGAUUUUCUGAUUGGUCCUCGUAUAUACAGCCUGUGUAUUGGUCUGUGUGUAUAUAGUCAGAAUAUUGGUCUGCAUGUAUAUACAGUCAGUACAUUGGUCUGUAUACAGUCACGUACUUACAUACGUGGUACGUAUCCAUGUUUGUGCAUGAAGUGUGUUCAGUUUUCUUUCCCUUCAUGGUUUCGGUCUUUUGAAUGAUCUGUCUGUCACCUACACCGACUUAUGAAAAACAAUUACGAAAGUUUGGUGAAAAAAUAAAUUCUCAAAGACCCAGUUCAACACCAAACCAGUUGAAGUUAUUUGUGUGCCAUUAGCUGUACAUGAUUGCUUAUCAAUUUAGCAAUUAAAUGUCCAUUUGGUUGUCCAUUUUUUUUUUAUUCCUAAAAAUAAGUCAGACUUUAAUCAGAGUUUACUCUUAUGCCUAAGAAUUAAGUUACUUGUUUAUUAUCCAAAUCUGUGUAAUUUAUCUUUUGUCUUUAGUUUCUCAAACACUUGUAAAAGAAGGUCUAGGGCAGAGAGUAAGAAUAUGAGGAAUUUAAAAUAACCUUUGCAUGUUGUUGUUGUGGUGUAUGUGUUGUAGUACAUCCAUUUUGUCAGAUGAGGGCAAUGUUUAGUAAAACAAUUCAAAUUCUCGGCUGCAAUUGUCAGAAAGCAUGGGGUUCGUAAGAACUACUGUAAAUGUAAGCAUUGUGUGGGGAACAAGCCCAUGUUUUAAGCAGUUUUAAAGGUGUGUUGUGUCAUUUUAAGGUAAUUCAACUAAUGUAAAUAAAGUUGAACACUGGUUCGUUGUGUAGA